UGUUUUGACGUAUUUACUGACAAUACCAUUAUAAACAAUAUCACUGUUAUAUACAGUAGCUAGCUAUAACUCUCCCACGAGUAAAAAACAUGUUUUUUUAUGUUCAGUUAUUUUAGUGCAUUUACCAGAUAUAAUAGUUAAAAUCCUGAAAGAUAGGUUGAGUCAUUGUUUAAAAUCUUGUCAGAAAAGCAGUGAGACCAAACCCAUGAAUGUGAAUAUGAUUGGUUCAACCCUCUGACAAAUCAGCAACUAUCAGGAAUUGGAUAAAGGUGAUAGAAGUGGAAGUAGAGUAAUGGUGUCGGUUUUAAUGCUCUCAGCAUUGUUUUUCAGCUCUGUUUGAUCUGACAGUGGUCAACUGUCAACAUUUGUAUACAAACUUUUAAAAAAAGGAUUUCAAUCAGAAUUUCAAUCAGAAAUUCAAGGGAAUUAAAUCUAAAGGAUAUUUCUCAGUUAGUUCAUGUAAUCGUAACUGUGUGUUUUUUAAAAGCGCUAAACUCACAAGGCUCUUCUAAAGUCAUCUCCAUGCAUAUGAUGGAAAGCUACAUCAUAUCAUCUGCAUCCGAAGAAAUAAUCUCAUAUGAACCCGAGAAUUAUAGAUCACCAGUAGAGAUAUACUCGUAUCUCACCAAUGUUGGAGAACUUCACGACGAAAACGGUUGGGACUACCACUCUGACAGAGGCAUGCACCAGAGUGACUUGUUGGAAACUUCCUCACAAGAGAGUCACCUGACAGAGCUCCAGAGUGUCCAUUCCCAACAACUCCUCCACCCCUAUCGCUACCCCGAUACCGACACCCUCCAUCUGCCACUAGUAGACCCUGGACUGGGACCCCUAACCCUAACCUCACAGAUGCCUUAUUGCAGCCGUACAGUGUAUUACCAUCAGCAGGCUCCCGUGUCCCCUAGCCGCUACUGCUCAGAGGAAGAGGGACCUGGGGGCCACAGCCCCACCCUGGAGGUGUCUGAGGGAGAGGAGGACUACGGAGACCAUAUCCCCUCUGGGGGAGACUCCAGUAGCAAGAGGAAGAUCCGGCUGUACCAGUUCCUCCUGGAUCUGCUGAAGAAAGGAGACAUGAAAGAUAGCGUGUGGUGGGUGGAAAGAGAGAAAGGUAUCUUCCAGUUCUCUUCUAAACACAAGGAGACUCUGGCCAAUCGAUGGGGCAUGCAAAAAGGAAACAGGAAGAAGAUGACCUACCAGAAGAUGGCCAGGGCCCUGCGGAACUACGGCAAGACGGGAGAAAUCAAAAAAGUCAAGAAGAAACUGACCUACCAGUUCAGUUCAGAGGUACUGAGGAAAGUCUCAACUACAGAGAGGAGGCACUUCCCUCACUAAGGAUACCAGAGAUUGUUUAUGUAAUGCCUCUUUAUACAGGCUUUGGGUUUAGGUCUACCCUCACUGAUAUGCAUUGCAAAUAGGACAAUCAAAUCAAAAAUCUAAUUUGAUUGGUCACAUAAACAUGUUUAACAGAUGUUAUUGCGGGUGUAGCUAAAUGCUUGUGUUCUUAGCUCCAACAGUGCAGUAGUAUCUAACGAUACACAAAAAUACACACAAACCUAAAAGUUAUAAUGACUUUUCCCUGUUCACCCACGACUGCGUGGGCAAACACGACUCCAACACCAUCAUUAAGUUUUCUGACGACACAACAGUGACAACGAUGAGACGGCCUAUAGGGAGGAGGUC